CUAUCAUCAUCCACUACCACAUUCCCAUUCCACACAAAUAAAAGGUACUUCAACUACAACUAACCAAAUGUUCUAACGAAGCCUGAAAAUGGCUUCUUAUUCAUUCAUUUCCACUAUUUUCCUUUCCAGUCCUGCCCCAUUUUCUCGCUCUCCAAACAGGCCACCGCUACUACUACUACGACCACCACUCAACACCACUAUAUUUUCUCUCUCCAGAUCCCUUUCUCUUCCCAACAAAACUCGCUCCACCACGAACUCCUCUUUCAUUCUCAACAGCUCGCUCUACAACUCUACUCCCACUCAUUCUACUAUCUCUAAACUCUUCCUAUUUACCAAAAACCCAUUACUGUCUUCAUCUCUCGACUCUUUCUUCAUCUUUUGUACUUCGGUUGUUCUGUCCUUUUCUCUUCUUCUCACUAACGUCGAUUCUGCCUCCGCUUUCGUUAUCACUCCUUCCCGUAAGCUUCAGACCGAUGAGCUCGCCACUGUUCGUCUCUUCCAAGAGAACACUCCUUCUGUUGUUUAUAUUACCAAUCUCGCUGUAAGGCAGGAUGCCUUUACGUUGGAUGUGUUGGAGGUCCCACAAGGAUCUGGAUCGGGUUUUGUUUGGGAUAAAGAUGGUCACGUUGUGACCAAUUAUCAUGUCAUUCGUGGCGCAUCUGAUCUCAAGGUCACUCUUGCCGAUCAGUCGGCUUAUGAUGCAAAAGUUGUUGGAUUUGACCAAGACAAAGAUGUUGCUGUGUUGCGUAUUGAGGCACCCAAAAACAAACUAAGACCUAUACCCCUUGGUGUCUCUGCAGACUUGCUUGUUGGUCAGAAAGUAUUUGCUAUUGGCAACCCAUUUGGACUUGACCAUACCCUAACAACUGGUGUGAUCAGUGGGCUUCGCCGAGAAAUUAGUUCUGCUGCUACUGGCCGUCCGAUUCAAGAUGUUAUACAAACAGAUGCUGCCAUUAACCCUGGUAAUAGUGGAGGCCCACUUCUAGAUAGUUCAGGAAGCCUUAUUGGAAUAAAUACAGCUAUUUAUUCUCCAUCCGGUGCAUCCUCUGGCGUUGGAUUUUCUAUUCCAGUUGACACUGUGAAUGGUAUUGUUGACCAGCUAGUGAGGUUUGGGAAGGUGACAAGACCUAUUUUAGGGAUUAAGUUUGCACCUGAUCAGUCAGUGGAGCAAUUAGGUGUAAGUGGGGUGCUCGUCUUAGAUGCUCCAGCAAAUGGUCCAGCUGGCAAAGCGGGUUUACUACCAACUAAACGUGAUGCCUAUGGUAGACUCAUAUUAGGUGACAUCAUAACAUCUGUGAAUGGAAAAAAGGUUACAAAUGGCAGUGACUUGUACAGAAUUCUUGACCAAUGCAAAGUUGGUGAUAAGGUGACUGUGGAGGUGUUGCGUGGUGAUCAUAUGGAGAAGAUUCCUGUAACACUUGAACCAAAGCCAGAUGAGUCUUAGUAUGACAAAUGGCCCCGCGUGUUUAUCUUUGUGCAUAUUCGAUCAGUGCCAUUAUUUUUUUGCUACUCCUUAUGAAAAGGGUCUUGUACAUAUCUCCACUACAUUGAUGAAGCAAAAUUGUCUGUAAAAUUCACAAAAUUUGCAAACUAAAGAUGCAGGCAUUCAUUCUUAAAUAAUUUGCCCACUUCUUUAUGAA